CGGCCAUUCGAUCAAUCGGAAUAAUUGCGACUGUAACUGCACCGACCAUCUAUUCGGUAUAAGUCUACUCGAGUAACAAAUAUUUUUCCCUCGUCUUUUCCUGCUUGCUAGCGCUUUUUGCCUUUUCUGAUUCUAGACUACUAUUCGCCUUCGCGACUGCCUGGGAGCGAUAAUCAAAUCUAGACAGAGCAGCGGCCUCAAACCUCCACCCACGUAUAUAUCAUGAUCGAAGACCCGAUAUUGGUGACGCAGCUGCCGUCGGAUGCCUGGUUCGAGGGCUUCGCGUUGCGGCCCAACGGACAUAUUCUGGUGUCGCGCCUCGACCAGCCCGAGCUGUAUACCUUGGACGCCGAAAAUCCAGAUGCUCAGCCAGAGUUGCUGCACACGUUCCCCGAUGCCAACGGGCUCAUCAACCUGUGUCCGCUGUUGGGCUGCGAAGACGAGUAUGCCGUCCUUUCGGGCAUCGUCGACCUCGGCAACGUCAAAUUCGAAAACUUCAUUAUUUGGCGUGUCAAGCUACAUGGAAGUGACCCACCCGAACUCACCCAGCUGGCCAAGCUCGAGAGCUCGGGCUUCUGCAUCGGCAUCAUGGCCGCCACGGAGCGCACGCUGCUCAUCGCUGACUCCCAGAAGCACUGCAUCUGGCGCUUCGACAUGCCAACAGGAAAGACCUCCGUCCUGGUGGCCGAUGAAACGAUGAAGAUAGCGAGUACCGACGACUUCUUUGGCCUCAACCGCCUGCGCAUGGUCGGCAAUUAUGUGUGGUUCACCAACACCAGUGCCGGCAUUCUCUGUCGGGUGCCCAUCGAACUAGACAAGGACGACCCCGUGACGGGCGUACGCACCACCGGUCCCGUGGAAACCAUCACCGAUGACUUGCCUCACUGCGAUGGUCUGGCUGUCACCAAGGACCAAGAGGUAGUCUACUCAGCGAGCUACAUGAACGGAUGGCUAUGGAAGGUCAAUAUUGACCCCGAGACAGGCGAAGCCAAAACCGACGUCGUCAUGGAAAACUUGGUCAGUCCCACGGCUGUAGAACUCGUCUACGUAGACGGGAAACCGAAGCUGUUCAUCGUGUGCUGCGGCGAAAUCGACCUUGGCUGGAUCAACGCGGAUGACAGGACAUCAUGGAGCGAUCUUGCCCAAAUCAACGCCAGCGUCACGGUAACAGUCACGACGGAGGAGGUAGUCGAAGCUGCCUAAUGAAACACGGAGAAGAAAAAAAAUUCAAUUGGAUCGGUCUUCAGUGCUAUUCAUCUAUCGGCACUCAUGUCUUGCAUUCCUUGAAAUAAUACCCCAGCACAGCUGCAUUUGAACACAAGGGAGGUGGGAGGACGGGAUAGUGGUCUUGUUUUUAGUCAUCUCGCGGUACAUUUGAUUUA